AGUGAGGACAGCUGUGAUGUGUGUGUUCAGGUGUGUGUGUUUGCUGUUGUGUGUGAGUGUGUGUGUGUGUCUGAACCUGUUGGAUGAAGCUGUUACGUUCAGUGGACCAACAGGAAGUCUGUUUGGAUUCUCUGUCGACUUUCACACCAUCAGCAACAAGCCCUUUGUUGUGAUUGGAGCUCCCAGAACCAACACCAGCCAAUCAGGGGUUAUGGAGGGAGGGGGUGUGUUCCUGUGCCCCAUAUCACCUGGAGGCGGGACUUGUGACAUCAUCAACUUUGACCUAAAAGCUGUCAUACCUGUUGCAGGUGAUGAGGACUACAGCAGCUCCGGUCUCUUCUUUCAUGCCUUUAAGAGUCAGCAGUGGUUUGGAGCUUCAGUUCGAUCAGUCAGCAGCUCACACUUACUGGCAUGUGCUCCGCUCUUUCACUGGAAUGCUCAGAUGGGAGGGGCCGAGUCAGGGAAAACACCUGUGGGGAACUGCCUCCUAUUGGACCACAGGACAGGACGCUCCACCACUUUCUCCCCCUGCAGAGGAAUCAUGAUGGAGGCUGACUACAAGACCAUGAAAAACAGAAACGACCAGCGGUACUGUGAGGUCGGCUUCAGCACUGACAUCACAAAGGGGGGUCGGCUGGUGGUGGGGGCUCCAGGAAGCUUCUAUUUCCAGGGUCAGGUCUUCACAGUGAGUGUGAGUGACAUUAUCAACAGUGGAGAGAGCGACAAUCCCAUCCAGUAUGUGGGAGGCAUCAGCCAAUCGGAUGAGAGAGGAGAUUAUGACCUUUACCGUGGUUACUCUGUGGCCAGUGGUCAGCUGACUGGAGACUCCUUACCAGAUUAUCUAGUUGGUGUUCCCAAUGACAGAAACACAGCAGGAACAGUGAAGAUCUAUGACGGCAGGAGCAGUGGAACACUGAGUGUUCACCACGUCUUCCAGGGAGCUCAGGUGGCGUCAUACUUUGGACACAGUGUGGCUGUGGCCGACAUCAACAGUGAUGGUUUAGAUGACGUGCUGAUUGGAGCUCCUCUCUACAUGGACAGGGUGAUGGAGCAGCUGCAGGAGAGAGGACAGGUGGUUGUGUACCUGCAGAGAAGACACGCCACCUUUGCCUCCCAACCUGACCAAUCUCUGAUCGGCUUAUCCUUGUAUGGGAGGUUUGGCUCCGCCCUUGCUAUACUGGGUGACCUGGACAUGGAUGGUUACCACGAUGUGGCUGUCGGGGCUCCCUGGUCAGGUGAGGGUGGGCGGGGCCAGGUAUUUAUCUACCUGGGCAACCGUAAUGGUCUGUCAGCCACACCCUCUCAGGUGAUUGACAGCCCGCUGCCUAGCAGCCGGACGGCAUUUGGCUUUACUCUCAGGGGAGGGGCUGACAUUGAUAAGAAUGGAUACCCAGACCUGCUGGUUGGAGCGUGGGCUGCAGACAGAGCUUUUGUCUACAGAUCCCAGACAGUGAUACGGUCCAGAGUUUCUCUCACUCUGCUUCCAGACUUCCUGAAUCCAGAUGUCAAACUGUGUCAUCAAGAGAACACACCUUUGUCCUGCUUUGUUAUUCAGAUGUGUGUCCAUGUGUCUGGACACAGAAUCCCACAGGAGACAGCACUGUGGGUGGACCUACAGCUUGACAAGAUGAAACAGCCAAUGGCGCGACGGACCCUGCUGCUGUCAACCAAUCAGCCACAGGAGAUGAUGAAGCUGAUGGUUCAGAGGGAAGUGGGCGUGGCCUGUGUGAAUCAGACUGCCUACCUGAGGCAGUCUGAAGAGGAGGUUCGUGAUAAAUUGAGUCCAAUCUUCAUCACCGCCAACAUCAGCCUCCUCAACACUAUCCAGCAUGCAUUGCUUCAUGGACAGACACAUGCUGCUGCACAGACCAGGAUCAUUCUGGACUGUGGAGAUGACAACAUUUGUGUUCCUGACCUGAAGCUGAGGGCUGAGCCGGUGUCAGACAGUGUGUUGGUUGGUGAGGAUCAGUCGGUGGUGAUUUCAGUGUCGGCAGAAAAUGACGGUGAGGGAGCAUAUGAGACCGAGCUGGUGGUCCGAGUCCCGGAACACACACACUUCCAGAGCAGCCAGGGUGUGGACAGACUGGUGUGUGUUCAAAGGAAGGAGAAUCAGACCAUCAUUGUGACCUGUGACCUCGGGAACCCGAUGAGACAAGGACACACACUGCAGACAGAUCUUUUGUUCAGUGUUGGUCGUCUGGAGGAGGUACAACACAUCACCUUCAGCCUCAGAAUCAGGAGUAAGAACUUGGUGAACUCCAGCAGUGAGCAGGUCCAGGUCCAGGUCCAGGUGAGGUCUGAGGCGAUGCUGGAGAUCAGAGGAGGCUCCUCCCCUCCAGAGGUUGUCCUGCCCCUCCCUGACUGGCAGCCUGCAAUGCAUCCUGGAAGUUUAGAAGAAGUGGGUCCACUGGUGGAGCAUGUUUAUGAGUUGAGGAACCAAGGCCCGAGUGCGGUGAACGCCCGGCUGACGGUGGACUUCCCCUCCACCUGGCAGCAUCACCUGCUGCUCUACAUCUUCUCCAACGCCUCAGAGGAAUCACUGAGCUGCUGGACCCUGAAUGCAUCACAGAUAGACCCCUUCAAGCUGGCUGGUAACAGGUCCAGUGUGUCUGCAGUGUCUCCCUUGGUCCAGGAGGAGGAGACAAAUAGACGAACUGUCAAUGUGAACUGCAGCAGCAGUGAGACGGGGUGUGUCAGGUUUGUGUGUGAUGUCACAGUGUUGGGGCGGGGCCUCAGCGCUGUUGUCAGAAUCUCAGCCCGACUGUGGACACACACUCUCAAACAGACUCCAUACCUGAACUAUGAGCUAGUUUCCUCCGCUUCCUAUGAUGUCAUCAACACAUCAUCAAUGGUCCAGCCAACGCUACUUCCGAGUGGACACACACAGACUCAGGUCAGUGUGAUGUGGCGGCGUCCUGAUGGAGAGAAAGAAGUUCCUAUUGGUUAUAUCAUCCUGUCAAUCAUCUCUGGACUCCUCCUCCUGGGCCUGCUCUGUUUCAUCUUCUGGAAGCUGGGUUUCUUUCAGCGAACUCGCCCCCCCACUGAUGAUGAUGAGGGUAAUGAUGAAGAGCAGCAGCAGCUGGCUGAGCAGGGUCACAUGACUGAAUAACACUCGCACACACUCUCUCACACACUCUCUCUCUCACACACACACACACACGCUGUCACGUGUGUUGGACAUGAACACAUGAUGACUGCAUGAUGACAGAGGAGUGUUUGUUUCUGGUGAAGGUCACGACCUCUGGAACUAAAGCCAAUCACUUCUCAUGUUAUUGAUCGAGUCUGAUCAGAUUCCCUGUUAUUGACACUGAUCAGGGUUUCUGUCAGGAUCCUGGAUCAAGACCUGGUCCCAGGUGGUUUUAGCAGAGGGCUCAGUCAAACACCUGAGCAGGUGAAAACAUCUGAGACUCAGGGGCCCCGCUCACAAGUUUUACAUUGACCUUUAAAUUAAUUUAAUUUUCUUAGUGAAAUAUUAUGAAUAUUAUUAUAACAUAUUAACAUUUAUUAACAUUUUAUUUUGAUUUGUUUUUGAGAUUCAUUUAUUUUGUAUUGAAUUCUUCUGUUGAACCCCCACGAUACCACCUGUAAAGGAUAAGUGAUAUCUUUAUGUAUUUUUGACAUUUUUGUU